AUGGGCAGCAUCUGCUCCAAAUCUAGCAACCAGUCCACCGAAGCCUUCUCCCGCCCCGGUCGGCCCCUCGGCUCCAGCGCAACAGGUCCCAAAUCAUCCGCGCCGCGCGCCCCGCUCCCCAAGUCCGCCUCCAAUUUCGCCUCACCCGGUCGCACACUCGGUGGGGAGUCUAGCACGAAAACAUCAAAUUCUCGGGUAGGGACACAGACGCAGACACAAGCACAACCGCAGACACAGCAGGGAGCGGGAGUGGGUGAUGCGACGGCUGCGGCGCCUGUAGCGGAUCCGCGCGCGAAUGCCGCCAUUGCAGCGCAGAAACGAGCUGAAUCCGCCUCCGCAGCGGGUGGAAAAGGCAAACUGGGGACGAAGCUAGCGGCCCAGAAGGCGCAGACACAAUCACAGACGUUGAAUGAGGUUAGUCGGGAUGAGAGGGCUGCUAGGGAUGCGGAUGAUGCGGCUGCUGCGAGGGCUUGGUCUUGA